GCACUGACAUCCCCAUGCAUGGCAGCUCCUCUGUCCCAGACCUUCAGACUUCUGUCCCUUUGUUUGACCCCAGGGGAGGUCUGGGGCUGUCACCUCCCCAGCUCUGUGGCCACCCCACCUACUCAGCCCAGCCUAUGCCCCCCACCCCUUGGAACAGAGGAUGCUGACCCACUCCAGAUGCUGCUGCAUGCAUGGGACCCCAUGUUCCCUCCCCAAAUCCCUUCCUCUCUGGGGAACUGUCAGUGGAAAACCCACUCUCAUGUCAACAGCUCAUCCUCCUUUUUAUGAACAAAGGCUCUAUGCCAUUCAUUUCAGAUUCAGAACAAAUUGCCUCCCCUGUACAUAUCUUCUCUGCCAGCAAUAAAGGGAAUUGCUGUCCAUCCAGGCUCAUUCUGCUGGUGACCCACGGGAUUCUCCAGCAUCUCAUGGCACUCCCAGUCCUCAGGCACUUUGGGGAGGGUGGGACAGAAUGGCGGAGGAUGCUCAGAGAGGGGCCAGCGCCUCAUGGGUGGGAUCCACUGCUUAUUUCCUAGCUUAGAUAUACUUAGCACCAGGGGAUGUAGCUUGUGAUGCCAUAUACAAGUUGGGUCCUGGUGCCACCAACUGCUGCGAGCUCCUUUUCUGCAGCCACAGCUUCUGCAGGUGACGCUGCUGAUGUCCCUGAUGGGUGGGGAUGGAAAUUCAGGCGUGGUGCAAAACAGGAGUGUCCCCAUGCCAGCUAUCUCCCCAUUAAGGUAAACAUCGUGGAACCAAUGCUGAGAAAUCACAGCUGGCAUCAGGGAAAUGGCAUGGGGUGGAAGAUGGGGCAGAAGGUUCAGAAGGGCUGAGCCCUGCGGUGCAGCCCUCCUUUUGCAGACGGAGGCUGUGUUGUGCUAGAAGUGCUUUUGUGACUGCGGGGCUGCAGCAGGAUCUGCAGGGUGCUGCUCUGACAUGAGUGCCACUGACACUGCCCCCACGCCCAUUCUGGGGGUGUAUGGCCAUAGGGAUGGGAAGGAGCCCCCCCUCAAAUCUCACCUCCUGGCUUUUCGCUGGUGGCUGCCACACUGCACAGCUCUGACAAACAACCUUCCCAGAUCUCCCCGGUAAUGAUUUGCUCAGCAGAAUGUACAAGGAUUACUCAUUCUGCAGCCCGCUGCGUCAGCACUCAGGCUCGUGGCUCGGGGAGCGGCGAAAGGAUGGGAACCCAUUAAUUUUUACCUCUCAGUUGCAAAAGAAGUUACAAAACAGCAGCCUUAUAAUGAGUAACAAGUUGUCCCCGACCACACGUAUGCCCUGGGUGAGCCGUGAUGGGUUUGGGAUGGGCAGUGGUGGCAGGUGGAUGGUUGGACUGGAUGAUCUUAGAGGUCUUUCCCGGCCUUAAUGAUUCUAUGAUGCAGGGAUGCUGUGGUUGCUCAGUGCGUGGCAUCCCACUCCUGAGAAGGGCAGCUGUAGGUCUGGGCAAGGACAGGGAUGGGGAUUUGGGAUGAACGCGGGCAGUCUCUAACAAACAGAACGCAACAAGCAUAAAUGAAAUUUAUUGUUGGAAAAUCUUAAUUAGAUUUUAAGCCCCAAAGGGAGAAAAGUGAGGUGUUAUCUGACGCAGCUAAUGAGUGUUAAGGGUCUAUUGUUGUCUUUCUUGUUUACCUUUCUGUGCUGGCUGAUAUGGCCUGGACCCUCGCCUGCGCUGCCAUAAUUAGGAUAUCUCAUCUCCCACUGAUAGGGCCAGGGAUGCUGUUUGUAGCACAGCGCUGCCCCAUCCCCUCCUGGUGGAACAGUAUGGUGAAGAAGACAGUGUCCUGGCACCCACUGCACCGACCCCAUGAGCUGGGGGAUGCCUUGGGGCCCCCAGCAACACUAAGAACCUCAGGGACAUUAAAUCAUAGAAUGGCUUGGGUUGGAAGGGAUCUCAAAGGUUAUCUAUUCUCAAUCUCCUGCCGUGGGCUGCCAACCAUUGAAAUCACCUGCUGGCCCCAGGUGAUACCGCUAGUGAAGGCAGGUUAAUUCUGCCUAACCCUGAGGAUAAGUAAAUAGUUCCAGGUGGUUUAAUGGAGGGGUUGCUGUAUAGGGUUGAAGUGUUGCAGAAUGGGAGGUUUGCUCCAGCCUUGCCCCACGCGGUGCAGCCUUGGGUCGAUGUCUUGGUGUUGGGCUCCUCAGCAUCCAAGCAAUGGGAUUUGGACCUGCAGAGCACAAAGGGAGGUUUGGCACCACGAUGGGAGCGAGUAACAGUGGCAGAGCACAUGGAGGGGACUAUCACAGUCCCUUGGGGUGUAGCCUGGUGGCACCGGUGCAAAUGGGAGCGGGGCACGUGAGAUAGAUGUGUGUGGGCAACGGGGCCACGAAGUUUUUGGUCUUGAUUCAAGGUACUGAGAGCCAGGAGUAAAAUACCAUCCAUUGUCGGUUCAUACACCCUUAGUAGCCAAACAAACAUCCCUGGAGCCGGUCCUUAUCACUUUAUUACACCUGCUAGAGUGAAUAGAUUAAAGAGGACAGGGGAGGGGGGGGGAGAAAGCAGAAGAAUCCAGGAGGAAAAAAAAAAAAAAAAACGGGUUUGGGGAUUGUUAAUUAUUCUCUGGGGUCUCUAAUCUUUAACUGGCAAACAGCAUCGCUAACUGUCUUAAAGCCCCUCCUGGAACAUCCUGAUAAUAAGCCAUCUGCAUGAAGGCACCCCGUUAUCUGCCCUCCUCCAGCCGUCUGUGACAUGGCUGGAGUGGGAGAUAAUGGAUGCGCGGCGUGUAAUAACGACACGUCAUUCAUGAUUAUCGGCCCGAUACCCAACCUUUUAGCUCCAUUGUUUGUGCAUCGAGGAAAAGAAAAAAAGAGAAGGGGAGGGAGGGAAAGAUGGGGGGAAAAAAAAUAAAGGGGGGGGAUUUUUGGUGCUGUGUGUACAGCCUAAAGCAUCUCCCUGCCAAAGAGGCCGGCUCUGGUGGCAUCUCCCUGAGGGGCUGUGGUACCCGGGGGGACUACCUACGCUGCUGCAAGUUCUGUUACCCUCUCUGUGCUUUCGUCAUUCUGGCCGCCUGCGUGGUGGCGUGUGUGGGCCUCGUCUGGAUGCAGGUGGCUCUCAAGGAGGACCUGGAUGUGAUCAAGGAAAAGUUCCGAACCAUGGAGUCUAAUCAAAAGACAUCCUUCCAAGAAAUCCCCAAACUGAAUGAAGAUUUGGUGCAGCAGCAAAAGCAACUAGAGCAAAUUGAGACUGGAGAACUGGGGCUGAAUAAAGUUUGGAUAAAUAUCACAGAGAUCAAUAAACAGAUAUCGCUAUUGACCUCAACAGUAAAUCAUCUCAAAACCAACGUGAAGUCUGCUUCUGAUUUGAUUUCCCUUCCUGUCACAGUAGAGAAACUCCAGAAGACUGUAGCGACCAUAGGUAGCACUCUUACCAGUGUUUCACAUGAUGUUGAAAACAUACAGACAGCUAUCGAAGAAUACAAGAAAUCCCUAGAAAUACUCCAGAAUGAUGUGAAGGAACUGAAACACUCCACUGCUCUGCCAAUGACUGAGAAAAAUCAGACAGAAAAUUGCAAACAGGAAAGCCAGGCACUCCAUGCAGCUUUGGAGGAGCUAAAUAACACUAUAGUGACAAACCAGAAGUUGAAUGACAUCAAGCUUCUAAACGUGGAUUCAGCCAUUGGUAACCUCAGCCAGAGGGUUAUGCUGUUGGAAAACACUCCUGUUGCUGUGAAUAAGCUGGAAAAAAGAAACAACUUGUCUACCAGUCCGGGGAAUGAUACAACUACCUCUGCAAAAGUGGAAAAUGAAGAUCAACCAGUUAAUGAAACACAUUCAAAUAAAAAACCGAAGGAAGCAGGAACCAGAGAUUCUCAGGAAUUAAAUCUAAGGGAGAAGCUUCAGCUACUCACUGCUCGUGCAAGUAGGCUAGAAGAUGACCGACCCAUUGAGACAUCAAAGAAUGUUGAAAGUAGUCCGAGUACCAUGACAAAGCCCACAGACCUUUCAAGGCUGGCUUCAAGGUCAGCUGAUGACAGCACAGAGAAGAACAGACAGCUGAGACAUCUGUCCUUACCAGGAAUUUCCAGCAUAGAAGAUCUCCAGGAUUUGUUUGACAAAGCACCUGAAGAUGCUGAUGGAAAACUGUCAUUUGAAGAUCUUCAAAAGCUGCUGGGCUCUGCAGCCCAAGACUCACAGAUCUUUAAGAAAUUUGACACAGAUGGUGAUGAGAAAUACUCAUUAGAAGAACUGAGAUUAGCUUUGGGUGUAUAGGAUAGAAGUUUAGAAAUGUGAUAUUGAGGAAUGCUACUGUAGCGAAAGGAAACUACGGGACAUGAAAAAACUGCACUUUCCCAGUCUUUUAUUGACCUUUGGAGUGUACACAUUGACAUCUCUUUUUUCGUUUGCAUUUAUUGAAAAGAAAUUUACAGGUUUAGAUGUCAAUAUGACAUAAUAUUGGGACUGUGUUACAAUCCAGAAAAUUCCCAAACUCGUUUAGAAGCACUUGCUGGUCUUUCUUUCUGAGGGAGUUCUUGUUUCUAAUUUAAAAUGUGUACAUACAAAAAUAAAACUAUGGUUUUAUAUUUCACUGAAAUUUGCCUUAAAUUAGAAAGCUGCACUUUACGUAAAGCAGAAAGAAAUCUGUCUUGUAAAGAUGGGCUUUUUCUGCUUGUAAAUAUCUGAAAUAGCUUAAAUUAUGCAUAUUUAAGGAGAAGUUAGUGUCAGGGGUUGUGUUGGCAGUAAACUGUUUAUAAUGAGAGACUCGAGCCUAAAAGGAGUGGUUGAGAGCUUCAGCUGAAUUCUAGUUUUAACUAGGCAUAUCCAAGGGUGAGUUUGGAGUUAGGGAGAGGAAGGAAGGAGAGAGGAACCAUGCACAUCUCUAGCAGGACUUACUUUCAGAGGGAAGAGUUGAAUGUGUUUUUAUAUCAUGAGCCUACGGGAGCAAUUACCUACCAAGUGCUUGGGUUUUCACUUCAGCAUUCUUUUAGCUUUGCUGUAUUGCAUCCAGAUUACAUUUUCUAAGAUGAGCCUAUCUGGUUCAAAGAAGGAAAAAGCUACUGAACAACUUUAACAGAUACUGAAGAGGUAAAAGCCUACAAUGCAGCCUGCUGAGUAGCAGCCCAAUAGCUCUAACCCUGCUCUCUGUGCAGGUAGAGGUGCGCUGAGUCACGCUGACUGAUUACUGCAGGCCUUGUGAUCAGGUUUGCUGACGCUGCUGGCUUCUUCCACCCACUGUUGUUGAGGUCACUGAUGAAGUACCCUGAGUAAAGCUCCUUGUCAGUAGGAUUUGUGAGCAGGUGGGGAAGGCUAAAGUAGAAUUUGGUUUUGUUUUUUUUUUUUCCCUGGUUAACAUGCAUGUGAUUGCUUCUUGGUACCUUAACCUUUGUCUUCUCCUCAACAGAAGGCUAUAAAAGGCAGGGCAGGCGGUUGCAUCAGCUAUCUCUACUGACAGGUGCUUUGUGAGUGAGGUUUCCUUGAUACAGAGGAACUUAAAAGUUGUGUUUAUGCUAGUAGAUCUAAACACCAAGCAUGUUUGUAAUCUCCUGGAACAUGACAAAAUACUUUUGCAGGAGGUGUUAUCUUGCAGGCCAGAUCAGGGCCAAAUCAGAUGAUUCUGCUCACAAUAUCACUAAUCUUGUUGGGAGUUUUUUUGCAUGAUUAGUGAAUUGAAUGUACCCACCUCACCGAAACAUCAGUUUAUGUGGAAGUCAGUUCAUAGCUGUUGAAUUUUAUGUAACUUUGGGCUGGAUGUUUAUAGUUGUGUGAAUAACUGUAUUCUGGAAGUACGUAUCAGUGGAGGAAUGUGCAAAAUGAAACCCUUUUACCCAUUGCCUAGGCUUCUGUCACUGUUGCUCUUCUCUCCUAUUUGGGUAAUGCAGACAUGACCCAGUAAGGAGAUGCUUUUGAUGUGACAUUUUAAAGCGCAGUAUUUCAGAACAAAUCCAACCAACCUUGGCUUUAAGAGGCCAAGAAGCCAAUACUUGCUUCUUGCUGCUUCCUGUACCCUUUUAUACACUUCCGUAUAAUUCCUUAACCAAAUAAUAAUAAUAAUAAAACCCUAGCAAUAAAAUGUAACCAUUCUGGUAUUUUAUUUGUACAUACUGUAUCAUAGCCAUAUGCCAGAGUUUGCAAAAUAUUUUUGGAAGUAUAAUUUGUACGAAAUUUACCUUAAAUUUUAAGGGAUUAUUGUAUUGCCACGUGAACCUACUGGUGUUUUGUUUUGUUACCGUAUGCUUUACUUUCUGAAGGCUUUUCAACAGCAAUAGUGAAGUUGUCAGCUAGAGCUUGUUGAGAACAGUGUGCGAUAGCAGUGUCCUCUGUAUGCAGCCAAGGAGCUCCAUUGGUCACCAAUUGGCAUUGAGGCACAGCUGUCCGUGGUGCUGCUUAGCGUGCAUGUCCAGAUCGCAGCUGGUUGCUGUUGUUGCCGCCAUGUAGGAUGGACUUGUGCUUUGAGUUUAACAAAAUAUGACCAUGUAGGAGCACAGCAGUAGCUUCUGUUCGGCCUAGACUUGCAGGUAGCUCUUUGUUGCAGCCUUGGAGCACUGCUGUGAUCCCUGCAGGUCUUCUGCUGUGCUUCUGAUCUCUGUGCCGCGUGCUCAUGGCAGAGGGCAUAAGUGAGGGAUGGCGAAUGCAUUUGUCCAGAUCUAGGAGGAUAUGAUGAGAUGUUUGUGUGGGAGCCCAAUGGCACAGCCUGCCCUUGGCGGCAAGUCCUAGGGGGGAUGUCUGAAACCAAGAGGUGAGAUCAGAAUUGUUAAGGUUGGAGAGACCAAUGAGAUCAUGGCAGCAGUGGGCACGCUGAGGCUGAUUCGGCACUCUGGGGACAAGCGAGGUGACCCUAUGUUGGUGUGGAGGCUCCUGGGUGGCCACGAGCACUGCCAUUGGGGUGCAGCCAUGCUGGUGCUGAGGGCUGGCUGUGCCACUCCUAUGCUCUGAUGCUCGGUGUCAUUUCCACCUUGUGUUGUUUUGAUCUUAUCUUUUGGUGACUCCUGCAUAGGGACCUCUUUGUAUUUUCAGUUUACCGAAGGCUCACUGCUGUGCUGUACUUGUUUCAGUAACGUAUGACGGCUUCCCAGAUCCGUGCGAGCUGGCUUGUAGCUCCCGACCACCACGCGCUUUUCCUCACUGUAACUUUAAUUUACCUCAAUAAAAGCUCAUUCGUAGCGUG